AUGGCAAAGAAGAGGGAAAGGGAGGAGGGGGAAGAGGAGGAGGAAGAGGAGGAGGAGGAGGAAGAGGAGGAAGAGGAGGAGGAGGAGGAAGAAGAGGAAGAGGAAGAAGAGGAGGAGGAAGAGAAAGAUGACACCGAAAGAACCUUGGGGAUCGGUACGUCACCCCCAGAACAGCAAGUAGUACCGCUUGCCACUACAGACAUGAUGAUCAUGAUCAUGAUCAUGAUGAACAAGUACCGGGAUCGGGAUGGCGGGAGAGAUGGCCUCUGGGAUACCUGUGGCUCUGUUGAUGACGAGGGAGGGGAGGACAGCGGGAGCGAGGCCGUUGAGCCAGUCAAGGCCAAGCCGGGACAAGGAGGACAACAGGACAACAGGGGACAGCGUACACACACAGGAACACAGAGAGAGAGAGAGGAGGGGAAGGAGCAGAGGGGGCAGCGCAAGGAAGGAAGCCAGCAGCAGCAGCAGCAGCAGCAGCAGCAGCAGCUUCAGCUUCAGCGUCAGGUGCCCGUCAGGACCACCCGUCAAACGGAUCCCGGUUUAAGCUUAACUUGCAAGCGGGUGGAAACCCACGCGCUGCGGAAACAAAAGAAGAACAAAAGGAGAACAAAAGAAACAAAAGAAACAAAAGGAGAACAAAAGGAGAACAAAAGAAAGUGUUGGUGCAAGGGAAUCAACGCGUGGUGUGGGCGUGUAACGUGUGUGUGGGCCGUAAGGGUGGGGACCUACGGGAACAAAUGCAACCUUGGAGUACAGACCAUCUGGUCUCUCUCUUAUGUGUGUGUGAGUGUUGAUGCAGUGCAUCAUGUAAGGACAAAAGGGGUUUUCGAGUGUGGUGUCGCCUGA